UACACAUUCUUAAUAGACCGAGCAAGUCAACUAACGGAUGAGGACUACCAAUGAUUUAACAAACUUCAGCAUCAUCACUCCAACCAAUAUCAAUCAACAACGGUGCGAGGUGAGAGAGAAAUGGAGGGUGUAGGAGACUACUCAAAAAAACCGAUCAUCCAUAUCAAAAUUGAAUAAAAUGCCAGAAAAGGAAUCAUACUAUACUUCCCCAACACUUCCUCACUCCACACUCGCUCUCUAAGCCCUCCUCCUACUAAUCUCUACCAUCUCUCCACCCACAAUCAAACUCAAACUCAAACUCAAACCCAAACCCAAACCCAAACCCAAACCCAAACCCAAAAUCAGAUCAGAUCAGAGAGUCUAUCAUGAUAUUCCAAGGAUUCAUCAACGACUUGAAAGAUCUCUGGGAAAAAUGGGACAUCCAAUUUUUCAUCCUCGCCAGUCUCUCUCUCCAAGCCUUCCUCAUCCUCUCCGCCCCCCUCCGCAAACGCACCUCCAACCCGUUCGUCGUCAUGCCCCUCUGGCUCGCCUACCUACUCGCCGACGCAGCCGCCAACUUCGCAGUCGGACUCAUCUCCAAGAGCCAGUACACCAAAUCCAAAGACAAAAACAACCCCCCCAUAUCAGAUCUCCUCGCAUUCUGGGCUCCAUUUCUCCUCGUCCACCUCGGCGGCCCCGACACCAUCACCGCCUUCGCCCUCGAAGACAACGAGCUCUGGCUCCGUCACCUCCUCCAGCUCAUUUUCCAGUCCGGCACCGCUUUUUAUGUCUUCGUCCUCACUCUUACCCAUAACGAUCUAUGGAUCCCCACUCUCCUCAUGUUUUUGGCUGGACUCAUUAAAUACACCGAGCGAACUCGGUCUCUGUACCUCGCUAGUACUCGGAGAUUUCGUGAAUCUUUGCUUACGGAGCCCGAUCCUGGCCCCAAUUAUGCUAAAUUGAUGGAUGAGUAUUUCUCGAAGAAAGAAUCCAAGCUUCCCACGAAGAUAGAGAUGAUUCCGGAGCCUCAGAGGGUGAUCAAAACAGUCGAUGAAGCGGACAUUAAAGACUUGAAUGAUCUUGAAGUCAUCAAGCACGCUUAUGGGUUUUUUCUUACUUUCAAAGGUCUUAUUGCAGAUCUGAUUUUCAGCUUCAGGGAGAGGAAUCAGAGCCGAGAUUUCUUUCUCAAAAGAACUCCGAAAGAUGGGUUUAAAGUGGUUGAAGUUGAACUCAAUUUCUUCUAUGAAAUUCUCUACACUAAAAUUGUGGUGAUUCAAGGUAAACUUGGUUAUUGUCUUAGAUUUCUUUCAAUUAGCUGUGUUGUUGUGUCAUCUGUGCUUUUCUCUUUGACGGACAAGAAGGAUCUUAAAAAGGUUGAUAUAAGAAUCACUUAUGCUUUGCUUGGUGGUGGAAUUGCUCUUGAUGUGAUUGCUUUUUUCAUGGUUGUUUUGUCUUAUUGGACUGCUAUUGCACUCACCAAGUCUGAAACUCCAUCCUGGUUCACUCGUCUUUUUAGGAAAAUUCUUUGUGUUGAUAGGACAAGGUGGAUUGAGGACUUACCAAAGCCACACCCCCUUCGUUUGCGGUUGGUUCCUCCGGUGCUGCGCCGGAGGUGGUCCCAACGUCUCUCUCAAUACAAUUUGAUAAAUUAUUGUAUUUAUCCACGUCCUAAAAACGCGGAGAGAUUAAUUGGGCUUGUGGGUCUUACCAACAUUUUUGAUGGGUGGAAAUAUGUGACAAAAGUGCAAUUCACCAAGGAGUUAAGAGAUUUCAUUUUCGAAGAGCUUAGGAUGAAAUCCAGGAUGGCUGAUGAUUUAGAAACUGCCAAGGAGAUUUGUUUGGCAAAAGGCGAUUGGGUUCUUGGGAUUGAAGGUUGUACUACUUUACUCCCUUAUAGUAUUCAGACUGACUAUGACGAAAGCCUUAUAUUGUGGCACGUUGCUACCGAGCUCUGUUAUAGUACCGAUAAAGGCAAUGAGGAGAACCAGAAAUUUCGCGUCAUUGCUAAGGUUCUAUCGGAUUACAUGUUGUAUCUUCUGAUUAUGGAGCCUACGUUGAUGUCUGCAGUGGCAGGUAUUGGGCAAAUUAGAUUCAGAGAUACAUGUGCCGAGGCUAAGAAAUUCUUUAAAGGAAGAAAAGUAGGAAAGGAUGAUAAUCGAUCUUGCCUGAAAAUUGGCUGUUCAACUGUGAACUGA